AUGUUUCCGCCGCUUCAUCCCCAAGUCGUCGAGGCUGUCGGGAGAGAUAUAUGUCCAGCUUGGGGAGGCAAAGUGAAUCAACAAGGUCGAUGUACCAAUGAGUACAACACAAAUGUCUCUGGCCGAUUCAGAUGUUCCAAUUCGGCGUGCUCCAAAAGCUGGAGCAGCGGCCUGGUGGCGAUACGAAUAAUGGCAUUCCAUGACAAUCGCUACAACGCCACCAUCUACAACCAGCAUUGCAAAACAUGCAACAGUCUCGGGAUUAUAAAGCUUGACGAAGCGCGCUAUGUCGAGAGAGUAUCUUAUCGGCUGAAGAAAUGGGCAGGUGCUCCACAGGAAACACCACCGUAUCAAGAGAAAAGCGGUCUCCCACAUAUGAGCCGACUUUGCGAAGGAUGUAUUCAAGGCCAUUGUCGGCAGGGAAAACGGGACUAA